AUGACAAUUGGCACACUCUGUUGGAGUGGUCUCCCCACUGUCUCGACCUUUUCUCAGACCAGCCUAAACCGUCUUCGACCCGCAACAGGCGUAUCUUCAAGAUUACUACUGCCCCGAGUUACCCGCCCUCAAACGAUACCAGGUCCCUCGGGGCGACUGACACUCCCACAACCUCCGUCCCCAAGACCAAGACCGGACCCCGUGAACUGGUCCCCUUAUAUGAACGGCGUUUCAAUUGACCCUCCCGCGACUAAGUUUGACCCCGAAUCUGACUCAGACUUCGACAAGGAAUCAGACCACAUAAACUUUGGGGUGGUGGAGAGCUCGGACGAGGAGGACGAGGAAGAUGAUGAUGACGUUGAGGAAGAAGGAAAAGAAGACAAAGAUGAGGAGACCAAGGUGACGCCUUGA